UCCUAAAAGAAAAUGAAACGUCUUUUGAUUCUGGUCAUUCCCUUCACUGCAACAAAAACAAAACAAAACAAAAUGAUCGCUCUCCUUUACAAUUUACAUUUCUUCUUUUCUGCGUAUUUCCGAUCACUAGUUACCAUCCCACCUUUAGAUCACACAGCUUCCUAACUAGUCUCCGAGUUUCUGAGACAUUUAACAAAUACAUCUUUACCUCAAAGAGUCUUUCAAUGUUAUUAAUAUUUAACUGUACGAAUAAGGGCAGGAUGUUGAAAAAAAAAAAGGUAUUAUAAACAAUGCAAAUGAUUCCUUCGGUCACACCCAUGACUACAUUAAGACGUUUAGAACUGCCAAAUAAGAGGAUGGAUGAAGUUGGAAAGAAGAUGCAAUUUUCCAGUUUUGUGUGAAACUGGCACGGGGCCCUCGGUCACUGCGGGUUCCGCCGCCGCCACGAAGGUCACUCCCUGCAGAAGGCCGGUGGAUCAGUCCUCCACAGCAAACACCGCAGCGAACGCUAGAAGCCGUGGCCUUGGGAAUCCCUAGGUCCGUGGGCCGGAGACUGGCACGAGAGUCUCGCUAGUUCCGGAAUCCUCGCGGGAAAGGCUAGCAAGUCGCUUCUUUGACGCACUUCCGGGGCGCCGGAACCGAAGUGGCCGCGAGCCGGGAAGAUGGUGGUAACCAGGUCCGGACGGCCUCAGGCCACGAUCCAAGCCACGUUGGCUGAAAACUCCCAGCAGAAGAAUUCUGCUAAAAGAAUUCAGGCACAUCCAAAAAGCAGGAAAGAAUCUCCACCUGUUGACCCAACUACUGCUGAAUCACAAACCACUAGGAAACAAAGUCCAGUCCCUAGAACUCCUAAAAGCAGAAAGAGGAAGAGUGGAACUACAGUCUCAUUACCAGAGAUAAACAAGCCAUAUACUGAUGGAGAGACCUCUGAGGUAGAGUCAGAUUGUUCUUCUGUGUCUGAGCUCCAGGAUCCCAUCUUAAGAGUAACUAGGAGACGGCAGAUCUUGGUUGCAUGCACCCCGGUGUCUAGUGUUAGGAAAAGGCUGAAAAUAACUCCAAUAAAUCAAUCUCAUGCUGAAGAAGACGAUGACUCUGAAGCUGAAUCACAUGUCUCAGGUAUUUCUAGAAUUGUGCCGCCCACAUUAAUAACUACAAGAACUAGAAGAAGUAAGGCUAAAUCCCGAAGUGAGCCAAACCAAGAAUUAUAUGCAGAAAUUAUUUCUGAUGCUGAAUCAUCAUACUCAGACAUUUCUUCAUUUUCUGAAGUUACAACUAUGAGAACAACAAGAAGUAUGCAGAAGAAAUUACAGUCACAAACUGAGGAGAAAUAUACUAACGUUGUACCAGAAACUGAAAAGCAGAUUAUAAAUUUGCCAACGAAUUCAGAGGAUUCAGAUACCAGACAAACAGCUUGUUUACUUGCAAGAUCUCUUUCUCAGAUAAAUAAGCCAAAUUUCUAUAGUAAUGAAACUUAUAAUGACUUUGAUGAUUCCUUCCACAGAAAUUCAGGGGGAAAAAAAGCAGUGCAAAAACGUCAACAUUCUAAUCUAAGAGAGGAAAAACAGGCCAGUGUUGUACCUCUCAAAGAAGUAACAAAACAGAAUUGUAAGAAUUUAGAUGAAGAAUCCAAAAGAAUGGUAGAGGAGGAGAAAGAAAGAAAUGAGAAAAAUUCUCAGUUGGAGAGCCUUUCUGAACCUCAGGACACUGACAUUCAGCAGUUAGUUUCUCAGAGGCAGUCAACCCCCCAAAAUAACAAAACUACAUCAGAGUCCUCACAUCUGAACUGUAAGGCUAUAAUGAAAUCGUUAGCUCAGACAUUUGCAGUGGUAGAAGUGGACAGAUGGAAUGAAGAGAGAAAGAACACCAAAAAAACAAGUGACCUGACAGAAUUUGGUGGUGGUAGUGAUGAAGAAGAGUGCACGGUCAAAGGUAUCCGUGAAGACAUGAAUGACGAAAGGGGUAUAGAUUUUGAGAGCGAAACCAAACUGUUCAAGUCUGAGCUCAACACAUCUCUGGAUAAAGGUGAUUCUGUUUUAUUAGUGCUCAGCAGUGAUGAGAGCCAGCAGUCUGAAAACAGUGAGAACGAAGAGGACACUGUGUGUUUUGUUGAAAAUAAUGGUCAAAAGGAGUCAUUAAAUGGAGACUCAGAAAAUAUGUCUUGUGACAACCCAUUGUUUGUAAUCGACACAACUCCCGGACUGAGUACUGAUAAACAUUUUUACCUGGAUGAGGGAGACAAGGCAAGUGAGGUUGCCACUGAGGAAGAAGAGGGGGAAGAAGAUGAAAAAAGUGAAGAACCAUCAGACCUUGACAGAAAUAAAGAUGAUGACUUUAGUGAUGAAGAUGACUUACUAAAUAGCACAAAGUCUAAACUUCUGAAGCUGACAAGCAGCAACAUAGACCCUGGUAUGAGUAUCAAGCAGUUGGGUGGUUUGUAUAUUAAUUUCAAUGCAGACAAACUACAGUCAAACAAGAGAACCCUAACACAGAUCAAGGAGAAAAAGAAAGACACGCUUUUGCAGAAAACCAUCAUUACUCCUGAUUUUGAAAAAAACUACUGUGUCCCACCAUAUAGUGAAUCAAAGUAUCAACUUCAGAAAAAACGCAGAAAAGAACGACAAAAAUCAGCGGGUGAUGGCUGGUUUGGUAUGAAAGCUCCAGAAUUGACAGAUGAACUUAAAAAUGAUCUCAAAGCACUGAAGAUGAGAGCUAGCAUGGACCCAAAAAGGUUUUACAAGAAAAAUGAUAGGGAUGGCUUCCCCAAGUAUUUCCAGAUUGGAACCAUUGUUGACAAUCCAGCUGACUUCUACCAUUCCCGAAUUCCCAAAAAACAAAGGAAGAGAACUAUUGUGGAAGAACUGCUGGCUGAUUCUGAGUUCAGAAGAUAUAACCGAAGGAAGUACUCAGAGAUCAUGGCUGAAAAAGCAGCAAAUGCAGCAGGAAAGAAGUUUCGAAAGAAGAAGAAAUUUCGCAAUUGAGAUUCACCGAGCAAGCCACGUAUUUUACAUCUCUUUGUUUACUCAAGAUGUUUUUGAGAACACCAUCACACAAAUUAAUAUAGACUGGCCCUGUCUGAAAGAAGUUGACUUGAGGGAGAAUCAAUCACAUACCCCUUAGGAUAAAAACAAGCGUGUCUACAAAAGACCCACCCAGGGGCGCCUGGGUGGCGCAGUCGGUUAAGCAUCUGACUUCAGCCAGGUCACGAUCUCGCGGUCCGUGAGUUCGAGCCCCGCGUCGGGCUCUGGGCUGAUGGCUCAGAGCCUGGAGCCUG